ACGCCACCGGCACCCCAGAGCCCAAGAGCGGCAACAGCUCCAGAUGAACUAUUAAAGUAGCCCUGACUCCAGCGGCAAUGCCAGAGCGGCCCUGCUGGACUCGCGCGACCUCUGCAGGCGAGCUCCGGAAUCGUUGCGUUUCCCCAUGCUGCCUGUUCUUCUGCUCCUGGUGGGAGGGGUGAUGCUGGGCUGCCACCCUGCCUGCUCACAGGAUUGGGGAGCAGCCUGGAGGCUGAGGCUGCAGGCCAGGGAAAGCGCGCGCUUAUUGAGGGAGCUGAAAAACGUGACGGCUCACCAGUGCCUGUGGGACAGAACCGACUUCCGAUGUCCCUGGAAGAAAGGAGGCAUCAUCCAGGGAAAGCAGAAGGAAGUCACCUGUUGCUCCCCUGAGAUGCUCAGGGGGAUCCUCCAACUCUUUACCACCGAGGCCAGCCUAGCUGCCUGGCCAGAGAGGGCGCUGGCGCAACUACUCACUAGUCUGAUGAGUGCCCUGGACACACUGCAGGAGGCAGGGGAGCAGGGCCUGUCCUGUCCACCACAUUUGGCCAAGGCCAUUCGCUCCUACUUCCUAAGAUGCUCCCGCUAUCUGAAGGACAAGGGAUACAGCCCUUGCUCCUGGGAGAUUGUCAGGACAGAGAUGGGCAUGGCCCUCUCUGCCAUCCCACUGCCUUGA